CAUUGGAUUCCAGUGGCCAACUCAAAUCAGGUUUCUUUUACGGAAAUAAUUUUUGGCUGGGCAGUCGUAGUCAGUGUCUUGAUAUAAUGAACAGGACUCCCUUCGAGUUCGCAAAACGGCAUAUAUUAAAUAACACACGAUACCGCGAUCCGCAGAAUGAGUUCCCACCUUUCCAACUGAAUUACUUCGUUGCUCAUAUCAGACACAACAGUACUCUUCAGUAUCACAUCAAUAUGCUAACUGAAGACGUGAUUUCACUCGGCCUAUGUUUGCCCGCAUCCUGUUCCAUGAAUAAUAUAAGUUUCAUUCUAGAAGGAAUAUUUAGGGAUAGAAUUCUUUUAAUCAAUGACCUAUAUUCCGUGGACCUCAACCUGAUCCAGGUAAAAAACUUAAAGGACGAUCAUCAAUGGCUAUUAAGCGGUGCCAUACCUCUCAUAUGUGUUGUUUUAGUGCUUACCUUUGCCAUGAUGAUAAGCGGCACAAUAUACGAUAUAUUCACGUAUCAAACGUAUUUAAAGGCAAAAAGUAAAACUGUCGUUAAUGUAAGAAACGCGAUCGAGAAGAUGGAAAUAUCAGAUUUGUCGUCUUUACGUAAAAAAAGUAGAAUCGGGAAGGUAUUAAUGUGUUUCUCCGUUUACACAAAUACGAAGAUAAUAUUUAAUACGAAAUUGGACACCGAAGCAAUAGUCGUCAUUCACGGCAUAAGAUUUCUGUCCAUGGUUUGGGUAAUCAUACUCCAUAGCAUAUAUUUCACGAUGGAAUAUUUCGACAAUAAAGUGUGGCUGUUGAGGUUGUCUGAAGGUAUCCCCUUUCAAGUGAUAAGCAACGGAACCGUAUCGGUUGAUACUUAUUUCUUUUUAAGCGGAUUUUUAUUGGCUUACACAUAUUUAAAGAAUAAAAUAGACAAGGAACGAAUUAAGCCGAUUGAUUACAGAGAGAAGCUGAACGAGUUCUUUGUCGGAUUAAUAAAGAGAUAUGUCCGGUUGACACCAGCUUACAUAAUGAUGAUAGAAAUAGUGCAAUUAAAUUCAGUUUGGUACGACAAGACUUCGCAAUUCUACGUUCAGGAAAGACCGCACGAAACUUGCUCGAAAUACUGGUGGAGAAAUGUCUUGUACAUACAUAAUCUGUUUGGUCAUAAUACGAUGUGCUUGUCCUGGAGUUGGUAUCUAUCCAACGAUAUGCAAUUCUUUAUAAUCGGUCAGGCGCUUUUAAUUCUGUCAACUGUAUAUUUUUAUGUGACUGUUGUCAUACUAGGUAUAAUUUUGAUAGGCUCGAUCAUCUUGAGCGGUUAUGUCUCAUACAUUUAUGGAUUUGUUCCAACUUUGGACGAACAGAACAGACUUGCAGAUGUCUUAUACUUUCCACCAUGGAUCCGAAUUGGUCCAUAUAUUAUUGGAAUGAUUACAGGUUACAUUAUAGUAAGAUUUAACAAAAAAAUUGCAUUG